AUGAGGAGUCUGGAGUGGGUCCGGAUCCAUCUCUUCAGCCUGUUCCAGUCCUUCUCUUACCUCUCUCCCUUGCUGUUGUUUCAGAUGUGGGGAGGAUCCUUGAAGGUGGAAGCAGAGUUCUCUGAGGCAGAAGGAGCUCCAUCAGAGGAAGGUCAGAGGGCGCAGGUCCAGGAGCGUGCCCAAGAUCCCCUGUCAAGUGGCAGUGAAGAGACGUUAUGCAGCCCUUUUCUUUGCGGAGAAGUGGAAACGCCUCCUCAGCCUCUGGUCCAGGUGGCCGUGUAUUUCACCGAGGCGGAGUGGGGCCUGCUGGAUCCGGGCCAAAAAGCUCUCUACAGGGAAGUCAUGGUGGAGAACUAUGGGAGCGUGGCUUUUCUGGCAGCAGAUGUAGAAGAGACAGCUGGGGAUUUCCAGGAGUUCUCUUUGGUAAUAGUCAAGAUUGAAGAUGCUGAAGAAAACUUUGGAGAUGGACCACAGAGGCAGGAGGAAAGCCACGCAGCAGGAAGUGAUCAGAGGAGCGAGGAGGAUGAGGAACUGCAUCAUGUAUCACCAGACGACAUCAAGAAAGAAGAUGUGAGAAGAAACGUCAGGAUUCAAAGCAGGUCUCAGGGGCAGAAACUCAGACGCAGGUUGAAGAAGACAGAUAAAUCAGUUCCUUGGCAGAGAAUGAAUUUCCAAGAAGGAAUUCACAGCUUGGAGGAAACUCACAGUAGCAGUCCUCAAAGUCAUCAACGAACCUACACAAAAGAGAAGCCUUUUGAAUGCUCGGAGUGUGGGAAGAGAUUCAGUCACAGUGGCAAUUUUCAAAUACAUCUAAGAUCCCACACAGGGGAGAAACCUUUUGAAUGCUCAGAGUGCGGGAAGAGAUUCAGUCAUAGGGGCAAUCUUCAAACUCAUCUAAGAACCCACACAGGGGAGAAACCUUUUCAAUGCUCAGAGUGUGGGAAGAGAUUCAGUCAAAAUGGUGCUCUUCAACAGCAUCAAAGAACCCACACAGGGGAGAAGCCUUUUGAAUGCUCAGAGUGUGGGAAGAGAUUCAGAGUCAGUAGCAGUCUUCAAAGUCACCUAAGAACCCACACCGGGGAAAAGCCUUUUGAAUGCUCAGAGUGUGGGAAGAGAUUUAGGGUCAGUAGCCAUCUUCAAAGUCACCUUAGAACCCACACAGGGGAGAAGCCUUUUGAAUGCUCAGAGUGUGGGAAGAGAUUCAGGGUCAGUAGCCAUCUUCAAAGUCAUCUACGAACCCACACAGGGGAGAAGCCUUUUGAAUGCUCAGUGUGUGGGAAGAGAUUCCAUGACAGUCAUAGUCUUCAAAGUCAUCUACGAACCCACACAGGGGAGAAGCCUUUUGAAUGCUCAGUGUGUGGGAAGAGAUUCAGCUGUAAUGGCGAUCUUCAAAGACAUCUAAGAACCCACACAGGGGAGAAGCCUUUUGAAUGCUCAGAGUGUGGGAAGAGAUUCAGUCGGAGUAGCCAUCUUCAAAGUCAUCUACGAACCCACACAGGAGAGAAGCCUUUUGAAUGCUCAGAGUGUGGGAAGAGAUUCAGGGUCAGUAGCAGUCUUCAAAGUCACCUUAGAACCCACACAGGGGAGAAGCCUUUUGAAUGCUCAGUUUGUGGGAAGAGAUUCAGUCGGAGUAGACAUCUUCUAUGUCAUCUAAGAACCCACACAGGGGAGAAGCCUUUUGAAUGCUCAGAGUGUGGGAAGAGAUUCCAUGACAACCAUAAUGGACGCAGCCGAUGCUUACAGCAGUUCUGUUAUGACGAGGCUGAUGGGCCCCGAGAGGUUUGCAGCCGGCUCCAUGGAGUUUGCAACCAAGGGCUGGAGCCAGAGAAGCGCACCAAGAAGGAGAUGGUGGACUUGGUGAUCCUGGAGCAGCCCCUGGCCAUCCUGCUGCAGGAAGUGCAGGGCUGGGCUCCCUUGUUUUCAGGCUCCCAAGAGAAAAUCUUGAAGGAUUUCAGGUUCUUCAUCAUCAACCAUAAAUAUCCAUGUGGGGAGGAUCCGUGA